AUGACCCCGGGGUCAGGCCGGGCCCGGGACCCGCGGGGAGGGGAGCGAGGCCGGCCCACCACCCUCGCCCCGCGCGUCCGCCCGCCAGAGGCCCAAGGCCGGCUGUUACCUGCUGCCGCCGCUGCUCCGUGCGGGACCGGGGACGUUCGAGGCCAGCCGCGCCUCCCGGGCGCACCCUCUUACCGCGUCGGAAUCCGGGGAGGUGCGGUCGGCGCAGGGACCCGGGGCGCGCGGGGAACUGCGGACGGCGGAUUGGCGAACAAUGCGGCCCGCGCAGAACCGCGCUGCGCAAGUGGGGCCGGACGGCGCGCGCGUGGCCGAGUGUGUUAUGUGUGCGCCUGUCAGUCAACGCUGACAGACCGCAGCCCAUUGGUCAGACCCCGCCCGCGUCACCGCCCACUGCCACUGCCCAUUGGGCGGUUUGAACACAAAGGCUCCGGCUCGCCCCGCCCGCCGCGUGGGCCAAACGGGCGGGGCAAGGCCAGACAAGAAUCGCGCGUGGGAGGCGCGGGUGAGUGGGCAACCCCUGGGCGCUGGAGGACUCGGAUGGAGCCGGCAAGCGGGGGCUCGACCUGGCCUGACUUCGCACUUGACUCCCGGUCUGGUUGCUCAAAACACUUGAGCCCUGUCCUGGUACUGCCUCAUGCGCCUCACCCCACCCGCGGCCUUCUGGGGCCCAGCUCUCGGCAAGAUGACUCGACAGGGCCGGGGUGCCAGGACCUUAAAGAUCAGGAAACAGGUUCAUAGAGUUUUUAAGUGAUUUGCUUAGUCACACAGCUUGAACGAGGCAAAACUGAGAUUAGAAGCUUCUCUCCAUAUCCAAGCCCCCCCUUUUUUUUUCCAUUUUGGGAUUGAUUUUGGGAUUCCAGACUUGGCAGGAAGCUCUGCCACUUCUCAGUCUGCCCUCAGAGGCCCCCAAAUUUCAUGGCAGAAGCUUUUCUUCAUUUGAAGGAGGAUGCUUGCCCCAGUUGGUGCUGAGAAGGCAAGGCCGGUUACCUAUUCCUCUGCUUUACUCAAAUCUGAGUGUGGAAAGAGUACUUGAUAGAUAUGGAAUGAAUAACAUGCUGCCUGACUUCAAGGGUCCUGUGCCCUGGCUCCCCACUGGCCAACUCUACAGAUGCAGAAAGUGCCCAGCUUGGGAGGAGUCACUUCCUGGCAAGCUCUUCUAAGGGAAGAUGAAACUGUUGUUACUUCACUUUUAAAGUGCCAAGAGGAGGAGACUAGAAAUAAUGAAAUCAGGACAGGAAGACGCUGGGGGUAGGGGAUUGAGGAAAUGUGAAGCCCUUGUGCUAAGUCGACUCCAUACAAAGAUGACCCCCUGAUCCCUGGGUCUCCACUGCCCCACCCGGAAAAGAGGGGCCUCACCUGCAGUUACGAUCUACUGAAGACAACAGUGCUUGCCUCUGGGGUUAGGCUUCGAGCUCCCUGAAGACAAGCUGGCUCAUGUCUGAGUAUCUGCUGAACGUGGGAUGAGUGAAGUGAGAAUUGAAAUCAGAUUGAGAGUCAGCCUCCGGGUAGGGGAGGGGCCUUCUCUUGACACCUUCUCCACCCCAAGGAGCUUAAUGCCUCAGUUCUGUCCUAGCCAAGUCCAGUGGAGUCUCCGCAUCCCGCCACCUCCGUUGCAGAGCCUGCUUCACUCCCUUCCAAGGAUCCCGGCAGAAGGACCCCCUCCCCAGGAUGUGCUGGUUCGCAAAGCAAGAGGCCAUGUGCCUCCCGCUGGUCUCAGGCAUGGGCCACGGCCACAGGCUGGCUAGAGGCAGCCCUCUGCUGAAUUGUUGCCUCUGUGGGCCUGUAGUAGGUACCUAAUGGGCCCCAGAGAUAUUAGGUCCUAAUUCUCGGAACCUGUGAAUGUUCCCGUACACGGAACGUCUUUGCAGAUGCGAUUAAAGGAAGGAUUUUGAGAUGGGGAGAUUAUCCUGGAUUAUCAGAGUGGGCUCUAAAUGUAAUCACCAGUGUCCUUUUAAGAGAGAGGCAGAGGAGAAGAGGAGGGGGCAAUGUGGCCACAGAAACAGAAAUUGGAGUGUGCGGCCACGAGACAAGGAAUGCUGGCGGCCACUGGAAGCUGGGAGAAGCCAGGGACGGAGUGUCUGCUAGAGUCUCCAGAGGGAGCAAGGCCCUGCCAACACCUUGACUUUCGUCCAGUGAUUUUGGUUUUGCACUUCUGGUCUUCUCAACUAUGAGAGAAGAAAUCUCUGUUGUUUUAAGUCACCAAA